AUGGCCAAUAAUCAAAAUGCUCUACAUCGGAGGACUCCCCUAGCGAGGCUAGUACCGAGUCAACCUGAGUCGGCUGCUGAGCCUUGGCGGUCCCCUCUGCAAUACACAGACACUGUUUUUGUGCAUCCUCUGGAGCAUCCUAUGAACCAACUUUUUGAAGGGGUUUUCAAGUGCCCUCUUUGUACGACGGCAUCGUUUCUACCGUGUGGGUUUAGGAGCCUGCAGAAGCAUUACUUCAAGGAUCACUUCUCGAAAAGAGUCAACCUUGGUGCCGUCACUAGCUUUCCCUGUCGCUGUGAACGUGGCGGCAAACCUGAGCGGAUACUCCCUCAGCGGCGAGCACGAUCAGCGAGUGGAAGCUCUACCCCUCUCUCUGGGCGACCAUCAUGGCCAGCAACAGGCUCGGCCUCCCCGAGUGCUGAAUCGACUCGUCGGUACAGCCCAACUGAAUCAGCGCGAUUCUUCAGACGGCAACGACGAACACCUGACGCCUUCGAGGAGGCAGUUGGGUAUCACUAUCAUUGCCCGUGGUGUGAACACUCGUGUAGCGGUACUGCUAGUGAGAUAAUCGGGCACGUAAGGGUGGCCCAUGGGGUAAGGGCGACUUCCUCGGACAGUGAUCGAUGCUCUGGUACGAGGGAACAAGAGGUGACACUAGAGGACCCCCUAUCACCAGCGGAGGUGUGUGGUCCUAGUGACGAAGGUUGUGCUAAGAAGGUCCGCUUCAACAACCAAGUGAGGGUUAGAUUGAUGGAUUCCGACGCGUCUAGAGUGGAGAAGCUUGGUAGCAUCCUCGGUAAUGAUCCAAGCAAGGAAGUCUUCGCCAGAGGUUGGCUCAGUGCCGCUGUUGAGUCCGUUGUGGACACCGGUGGGAUCUCUGACAAAGCUGAUACGCCCGGUCAAUCAAACACCGCCAUGAACGACUGAUUGUAUAAGUACGUGUUUAGUGAUAUUCA